UUACCUUGGCCUCAGCUGAUCUGUCAUCUCCACUGAUGAUAAAGCCUUUCUGUGCUGCUGCCGGGACACAAACACAGACGAGCUGCACAUACUAGCACGCACACAGACACACACUCCACAAACACAGAGACAGAAGGAGAACAGGCUGCCAGGCAGACAGACGGACGGUCGGACGGAGGGAAAGAAACACACACCACCAUGGGCUGCUGUAACAGAAGGUGCGGGCUGAUUGCAGGAGCUGUGUUUGGGGCGGUGGUAGCCAUCCUGGGAGGUGUUCUCAUCCCACUGGGGAACAGCAUCAUUGAGGGGACAGUGAAGAAGGAAGCCGUCAUUGAGCCCGGAACAACAGCUUUUGACAACUGGAAUGCCACAGGGGCAAUGGUGUACAGGCAGUUCUGGUUCUUAGAGGUGAAAAACCCCACUGAGAUUGUGCAGAAUGGUGCAACUCCGGUGGUAAGAGAAAAAGGACCAUAUACAUACAGGACAAGAUAUCUUCCCAAAGAAAACAUCACAUUUAACCCCAAUAACACUGUCUCCUUCCUGCUGCCGUUUGGUGCCAUUUUUGAGCCAUCAAUGUCAGUUGGAUCAGAGGAGGACAAAGUCGUCUCUCUCAACUUGGCUGUGGCUGGAGCUUAUUCAAUGGUCCCUCCAGGGCUGCACUUCAUUCUGCAGAAUAUGAUAAAGUCAAGCAACUCCUCUUUGUUUCAUUCCCGUACAGUAAAGGAGUUGCUGUGGGGUUACCCAGAUCCCAUGUUGAAUGGAAAUGUAGGCCUGUUUUACCCCUACAAUGGUACGUCUGAUGGCCCCUACAAUGUUUUCACCGGCGAGGAUGACAUCUCAAAAGUAGGAAUAAUUGACAGGUGGCGAGGAGAAAGGAGCUUAUCUUUUUGGGACGACAAAUACUGUGACAUGAUCAAUGGGACAGAUGCUUCCUCCUUCCCUCCUUUUGUCGACAAGAAGAAGCCUCUCUUUUUCUUUUCAUCGGACAUCUGCAGAUCUGUGUCAGCUAGCUUCUCUGAGAGCUUGAAUCUGAAAGGCAUUGAAGUGUACCGCUACACCCUCCUACCAUCUACCCUGGCUGCCCCUGUAGACAACCCAGACAACCACUGUUACUGCAGAGACAAGAAGACCACAAAGAACUGCACUGUGGCUGGAGUACUGGACACCAGCUCCUGUCGAGAGGGAAAACCAGUUUACAUCUCUCUGCCCCACUUCCUUUACGGCAGUCCCUCACUACGAAAAGAUGUGUUGGGUCUCAACCCUGUUGAGGAGCAUCAUAUGACCUUCCUAGAUGUGGAACCUACAACAGGCUUUACGCUGCGAUUUGCCAAGAGAAUACAAGUGAAUAUGAUGUAUGGACCAUCAAAGGUUAUCACGUUGCUUAACAAAGUCAAGGAUUAUACAGUAUUCCCUGUUGUUUGGCUGAAUGAGACAGCCGUGUUGGACGAUGAAACAGCAGACAUGUUUAAGGAGGAGCUGGUCUCCAGGAUCCAGCUUUUGGAAACAGUCCAGCAGGUGCUGCUGGGCUCUGGUUUGGCCAUCUUUGGUCUGUGUUUUUUCUUUUACUGUGUGGUACAGUGUAACAAUAACCAAGGAAAGCUGGUGUGACAAAAUCAUGUGGAUGUGCCCGUUGUGUGUUAACUCUGAAGCAGAGUGCAUUUAAGCUGCUAUGGAACAUCACACCUUUUGAUAUAGACUUGCACUUUUUUUUGGGUCAUUUUUAUUUUUCUUUGCAAUUUCAGUGUUAUUUAUGAUGUUAUACUUCCUCUGAAACUGGGGGUAUACUGUGAUUUUUUUAAAGCCCAAGAACUGAAUUGCUUUGCUGAGUACUAUUUUUUCUGCAGUUAUCACUGUAACAUCAAAACUCAAUCAGGUAUUUAUAAGAUGAAGAGCAAGCGGAGACUUUUUCCUUAACAUCAGGUUAUAUUUUCUUAAGUCGUCCGCUCCGAGAGAAACAGGAAAGAAAAUUACCAUGUACCAAUCACAAAUUGCAGAAAUUGCACAAAUAUACAUAUACUUUGUUGUGUCUUCAUAUUAAAACAACUCUGCAUAAAAGUUUGUCAUUGAAUUUUCUAUUCCUUUAGUUGGAUUAAAACCCAGAAUCGGUCUGUCAGAGCUGCUUUGCUCCCCCCUUGAGCCAAACACAGCUGAGAUUGUCCCACCAUGGAGACAGAGCUCCACAUUGUACACACUGAACCAGAAUUAUUCAGUUUCCUCUUUGCCUUGAGUGGUUCAUAAAUCAAAGAAAGACUAAUAAAAAUGGCUGAGGGUAUGAUUAUAAUGUAGUUGUGAGUGGUACUUGGGUUUGUUUGGUGAGAAAGCAGUAUUUCUGCCCAGCAGGAGGCCACUUUUCAGUUUUAUGGGUUUUAAAUGACCCUCUGCAGCCUCAUGGGUUUCUUGAAUUUUACUGUUGGCUCUGAAC